AUGGGGACGAGAAAAUGUCGAGUUUGUGAGGAGGCGCCGUCAAAGUACAAGUGCCCGACUUGCUUAGUACCCUAUUGUUCGCUUGCCUGUUUCAAGAAACACAAAGAGAUUCCAUGUUCGAAACCGGAGUCUGUGAACGAAGAAAUUUGUUAUGCUAGUUCAGCAACAAAUGACGCCAAACCGUGUUAUGUUGAUGAGCAGAGUGAGGUGUUGCAAGAAUCCCAACUGCAAUCUAUUGCUUCAUCAAGUGAAAUCCGCAAUUCUUUAAAGGAUGAGAAACUUCGGAGACUAAUAUGCAAAAUUGAUUCCUUAGAAGAUCCGGAGAAUGAGCUCGAGAAAGCAAUGGAGGAGGAGUCGUUUCUCUUAUUUACAGAAAAGAUUUUGUCUACCAUUGGUCCCUGA